UGGAACAGGCACUGGUGUCAGCGUGGAGCAGCCUGGAUCACUGUCCACUCCACAGAGAACAUGGAUUACCGACGGAUUAAGCGUAUUUUAUUUGUGAAUGUAUUUAUGAACAUAGUAUUUAUUUCUCUUCAAAAAAAGGAAGAGGUGCUGUUGGAUAUGAUGGCAUCGGGAGCAGAGUUGGGUUGGUUGACAUCGCCUGUUGAGAGCGGGUGGGAGAUAGGCCAGCGAGCUGUGAAUGGCUCUCUGCUGUAUAACUAUUAUAUAUGUAACGUGGAGGAACGGGAGCAAGACAACUGGCUUCGUUCUACAUUCAUCCAGCGUCACCCCACCGCCUCUCGGGUCUUUGUGGAGCUGCGAUUUGUCGUUCGUGAUUGCAACUCUUUCAAUGCAGACUCACUUAUCUGCAAGGAGACCUUUAACUUGUAUGCCUCUGAGGCUGAUGCAGACAUCGGCACUGCUUUCCGCAAAGGCCAGUUCCGCAAGGUGGCCACCAUCGCUCCGGACGAAAUAUCCAGCCUUGGGGAAAUGAAGAUGAAUGUCGAGACAAAAGUAGUGGAUAAUCUUUCUCGUAAGGGCUUUUACCUGGCCUUCCAAGACAUUGGAGCCUGUGUAGCCAUCUACUCUGUCAGAGUUUACUAUAAAACAUGUCCAGCAACAGUGAAGAGCUUGGCAGCAUUCCCUGAGACAGUGGCAGGGGGAGAGAACCAGGCCCUGCGGGAGGUGGCUGGAAGUUGUGUGGAGAAUGCUGUGAGUGAGGACCAACCUCGCAUUUAUUGCACCACGGAUGGGGAGUGGGUGGUACCAGUGAGCCAGUGCCAAUGCCUACCCGGGUUUGAAGCCAUGAACAAUGCAUGCCAAGAAUGUCAGCCAGGUUUCUUCAAAUCUUUGGUGUCCAGUGAGGCCUGUAAAUCUUGUCCAGAAAACACCCAGCCCUCGGGCCCCGGAGCCGCCAGCUGCUCCUGUAUGGAGGGUUUUUAUCGGGCACCUGAAGACCCUGAGACAGCCGCUUGCUCUGGUUUACCCUCUGCUCCUCAAAGUCUGGUGGCCACCACAGCUCAGAUGGCAAUAGGCAAGCUUCAGUUGUCAUGGAGGCCCCCUGCAAACACAGGUGGGCGCAGUGAUAUAACAUACACCGUGGUGUGUGAACGGUGCGAUGGGAGAGUAUGUCAGCCUUGUGGUGAGAAAGUGCGUUUUGACCCAAGCAACACGGACCUGAAGGAGACCAGAGUAACUGUAAGCGAACUGGAGCCCCAUCUGAACUAUACUUUCUCCGUGGAGGCAAGGAGCAGAGUGUCGCAGUUCAGCAAUAAGAGAGCCAUCAACAGUAUCAACACAGCAUUACAUUAUACAGAUCCCCCAAAAGUGACCUCAAUGCACCUAGUGGAAAGUGGUCCCACCAGCCUGUCACUGCAGUGGUCUGUUUCUCACCGCGCCAAGCCAGUCGCCACCCGUUACGAACUGAUGUAUCGCAAGAAGGAGAAUGAUGAGGAGAAGGCCAGUGGAAAGGUGACUACCUACACUGUGCUGGUGCUGGAAAAGAACUCAGUCCAGAUCAGUGAUUUGGCUCCUUCAACUGUCUACUUGUUUAAAGUCCAAGCUCUCAGCCCAGAGGGCAAUCCGGGCAGCUACAGCAUGGAACAGGAGUUUUCAACACUUCCACAAGCUCUUCAAAAAGCGGGAAACACAGCAGUGAUCCUCGGGGCAGCGGUUGGAGGAGGCGUCAUGCUUUUCAUCGUGGUAGUGGUCCUGCUUCUGCGAAAACGCCGAAGAAACUCUCACACAAGGCAAGGGCCAGAGGACACCUACUUCUCCAGCCCAGACCAACUGAAGCCAUUGAAGACCUAUGUUGAUCCUCACACAUAUGAAGACCCCAACACGGCAGUGCUCAAAUUUGCCAGCGAGAUACAUCCUAGUCACAUCACCAAGCAGAAAGUCAUCGGAGCAGGUGAAUUUGGAGAGGUGUAUCGGGGAAUUCUGAAAGCUCCAGGUCGCAAGGAAUUGCCAGUAGCAAUAAAGACGCUGAAACCAGGCUACACGGAGAAACAGAGGCAGGAUUUCCUUAGUGAGGCCAGCAUCAUGGGACAGUUCUCACAUCAGAACAUCAUCCGACUGGAAGGGGUGGUCACCAAAUUUAAGCAUGCCAUGAUUGUGACUGAGUACAUGGAAAAUGGCGCUCUCGACAAAUACCUGAGGGAUCAUGAUGGCGAGAUGUCGUCCUUCCAGUUGGUCGGCAUGCUUCGUGGCAUUGCAGCCGGAAUGAAAUAUCUCUCAGACAUGAGCUAUGUACACAGGGAUCUGGCUGCCCGCAACAUCUUGGUCAACUGUAACCUGGAGUGCAAGGUGUCUGACUUCGGUUUGUCACGUGUUUUGGAGGAUGACCCUGAAGGAACCUACACCACCAGUGGAGGAAAAAUUCCUAUUCGCUGGACUGCUCCUGAGGCCAUAGCUUACAGGAAAUUCACAUCAGCCAGUGAUGUGUGGAGUUUUGGCAUUGUCAUGUGGGAAGUCAUGGCCUUUGGAGAGAGGCCCUACUGGGACAUGAGUAACCAUGAGGUAAUGAAGGCCAUUAAUGAGGCUUUCCGGCUCCCUGCUCCGAUGGACUGCCCCUCUGCUGUAUAUCAGCUGAUGUUACAGUGCUGGCUCCAAGAUCGCUCCAAGCGGCCACGCUUCGGUGACAUUGUCAGCCUACUGGACAAACUCCUCAAGAGCCCAGAUUCUCUCAAGGCCAUUGCAGACUUUGACCCUCGAGUUUCCAUUCGGCUUCCCAGCACCAGUGGCUCAGAUGGUUCUCCUUUCAGGUCUGUGGUGGAGUGGCUGGAGUCCAUCAAGAUGAGCCAGUACAAUGAGAACUUCAGCAUAGCCGGCAUUGUCAGCAUGGAGCAGGUGUUGCAGAUGAAGAGCGAGGAUAUCCGUAACAUUGGAGUACGUCUGCCAGGGCAUUUAAAGAGGAUUGCCUACAGCAUCUUGGGGCUUAAGGACCAAACCAGCACCCUGAGUGUGUUUGCAGUGUGAACUGUCUUUGAAAUACACCAAAGGGACCAAACCCUCUGGCUUUGGACUGAAUGAACUCUAAACCGCCUUGGGAUUGGACUGCAGUGUCAGCCCUGGACCUGGCCAUAACCCUCCAGCCUAUCAAGAUGGACUCUCAGAGCCAUGGAGACUUUCAUUUGAUGUACUUAUCAAAAAUGGAGGGGGGAGUAUUGAAAACGUGUAAAACAAUUAAGAAGCUAUUGAUGUCUGAAUCAAACCAUGUACAUUUGAUAUAUUUUUACCAUAUGCAUAUGUUUAUAUUUUUUAGAGAAAAGUAUAGCAAUUUCUUUAGUUUCGUUUUUUAAUUUGUUUAGUUUCAUAUGCAUGCUUAAUUUUGACAGAGAACGGUCAAAGCUAGUCUACUCUGAUCUUAUAGCCAAACACAAACGUGGCCUGUUUUGUAGGGGAAUUCGCAUUGCAUGGUCUCUUAGAGAAGUGCCUUGUGCUUGACUAAACUUUUUAGCAUCAGUUUGGUGCCAUGGAAGACAUAUACAAACAGGCCUUUCACUACCAGCUGAAAUGUGGAAUCAGAGCUGGUGGUUAUGGGUUUAACUUGAGACUUAGAGAUGUUCCACUGAGAUCAAGGUGAUUGUAAUGCUCUCUGGUUUCUAUCAAGGCUUGAGCUGGCCAUGAUUGAUGACGCUUGCUUUUUAAUUACACUCUCAGUGCUAUAUGCUUUGAACCAUCAAGUCUUUCCUUAAAUUCAAAAUGUUCUCUACGAACAAGAGGAGAGAAGGCACCACCAUGAAAUAGCACUUAAAUCCGAAGUCUCAGCAGCAGCACUGACACAGUUUAAAUGCGGGCUGUCUCAUCCCUUAUCAUUAUGGAAGUUUACUGCCAUGAUGGCAUUCAAGAUGGAAGGAAACACCGUGCACACAAAAUGACAAAAUGGAAUUUAAAAAAGGUUAUGGGACAGUUUUUGGCACGCGGACCUAUAAAGUGUCACAUCGGAUGAAAUCAAAAGGGAAUACAUGCACGGAAACAGGAAAACAAAUGCAUGGUUUUGACUUUGAGAUAUUUACACCGAGCGACAAUCCUUCCAAACUAAGGAAAUGAUCACAAGAAAUCUACACACAGUUAUGUUUACUGGGAUAUGUGGUUGAUACACCAUGAUCUGUUAUUCAUUCUGUAUCAGCAGAUUAAAGCAUAGUUGCCUAGAGCUGAGUAUUGUGUAGACUAUCUUUGGCAGUUUCGGUUUAUGAUUAACUGAUACAAGAUAUGCUGGGAUGAAAUGUUAUGCUACGCAUUGACCUUCCUUGAUUAUUUCCUGAGACUUACAGGAUCAACCUCAAUAUGGUUUCAAAUGGAAGUGUAGAAAUUAGUCCCUCUUGUAUGGAAAGGUCUGUUAAUGAUUUAAUGUAAAAAAAUAAAAAAAAUAAAGAUUAGGAGUAGUUGUAUUUACAAAGGAUACAAACAGAUACCUAAUGUCCUUAACUUUCUUAACUAAGGCCACUUAUGGAAUUGGAACAUAUUGCAGUUCUUUUUAAAGGAAUAGUUCCCCAAAAAUGAAGAUUCUUUCAUCAUUUACUCACCCUAAUGUCAUCCCAGAUGUGUAUGACUUUUCUUUCUUCUGCUGAAAAAACAAAACAAAACUAAGAUUUUUAGAAGAAUAUUUCAGCUCUGUAGGUCCAUAUAAUGUAAGUGAAUGUUGGCCAGAACUUUGAAGUUCCAAAAAGAAAAUAAAGGCAGCAUAAAAGUGAUCCAUAAGACUCCAGUGGUUAAAUCCAUAUAUUCAGAAGCGGUAUGAUAGGAAACAGAUCAAUAUUUAAGUCAUUUUUUUACUAUAAAUUCUCCUCAUUGCCUAGUAGGAGGUGAUAUGUAUGAAGAAUACGAAUCGGCAAAAAUAAAAGAAGAAUUUAAAGUGAAAGAGGAGAUUUAUAGUAAAAAAGGACUUAAAUGUUGAUCUGUUUGUCACACAAACCUAUCAUAUUGCUUCUGAAGAUACAGAUUUAACCACUGGAGUCAUAUGGAUCACUUUUUUUAAUGCUUUUAUGUGCUUUUUGGACCUUAAAGUUCUGGCCACUAUUCACUUGCAUUGUAUGGACCUACAGAGUUGAGAUAUUCUUCUAAAAAUCUUCUUUGAGUUCAGCAGAAGAAAGAAAGUCAUACACAUCUGGGAAGGCAUAAGGGUGAGUAAAUUAUAAGAUAAUGUUUAAUAUUUGGGUGAACUAUCACUUUAAUUUAACUUUAUUCUUAAUAUUUCUAGAUGCUGAAUGCAGAUGGGCUCUUCCAUAUUUUGAAAUGACAUAUUUAAUGUUUUUGUUUGCAGUUGAUCUUGUCCUUCAUAAAGUGUGGUUUAGGAAUGUUAUACUGGCAAACUGUAAUGAUGGCAGGGCCCCCAUGCUUGAAAAGGGACAUUUUAAAUUUUGGUCUUGGUUUUGACUCUUGAUUUGUUUUACACUGCUCUGACUUUACUUUUUUCAAACUUUAAUGAUAUUUGAAAAGCUCAGUACAACAUAUAGACUCCACUCUUGGACAUAUUUCCACACAAACAAAAACCAGUUUAAUUGGGCCAAUUGUUUUGUACCUUAUUUAAUAGUAUAUUUAUUUUUUACUUCUAUUUAUUGUCUUAACAACACUGAACUGGGAUUUAUUUGUAAUGGAAGUUUGUCUUUCAGUCACAAUAAAAUUGUUGUAUCCUUUGAAUUCAAUGUCUCUUUUUGAUUUCCCUAUUUGUUUCUUUAGUAACUAGAGACAAGAGAAUAAAAAAGUGGAAUCACAUUGGUGCUCCAAAUCACUGCUUCAGUGUAGUGCAUUAAGCUGUGCUGUACUGAUCUAGUCAAGGCAGCUCUAAUGUACUCAAGGAAACUAGAAGCUUUGCACGACUGUGUUAUCUGAUUGGUCGAAGGAGCCCCUAUUUAAUUAGUUGCUGGUUUGCAGUCCAUCUGUAAACUAUGACGGAAACCAAUGAACCUUAUAGCCCUUGGAAGAUGAUUUACUUUGUUCUCAGUUUUGCCCCUCCUGUCCAUAACCACAGCCUCACUGAACCCAAAUUAAAGAGGUUUUUGUCUGGCGCCCAGAGUAUUGAAUUUAUCAGCUGCUGUUGAGUGAUGCAGGUAACAAUGCCACUAAUGUACCCUUUUGAUAAGGUGGAAAUGUCAGGGCUGGAUUGUAAAUAUUUAUAUACGAAAAUAAUCAGAAAGGGGAAGCUGGCAGAAGAAUGCAAUACCAUCAUGGUAGUCAAACAGGUAGGACCCGUGAACAAAGCGUCCUGCGUUCCUUUUUUAUUGACCUUUAUGUCUGCAUGUCUGCCUUUGUCUAUGCAUUAACGUCAUCUUUUGUUAAGCUGUACCUGCAUCACUGGCCUGGAAGAGUUUUGUGCAGACAGAUCAAAAACCAGAAUGGCCAUGAGAUUUUUCUUCAUCUCUUGUAAUUUUACGUAAUAUAUGCCUCAUGUACGUCAGAGUGUGAACACUGUAAAAGAUAUUUUGAAAGUAAAAGAAUGUAAAAAUGCUACAGUAAAACCAUACCAACCAAGUUACUAUAUAUGGUGAAUCUUUAUAUUCGUUUUACAAAACAAUGCCUGUAAUUAUACUAUAAAGCUGUAAAAAAUAAAUAAAUAAUAAUUUGUAGAUAAGAGUGUAUAAUGUUAUUGUACAUUUUGUAAAUAUAUUCUACAGUUCUUUUACAGUAAAAUAUUGUUAAAAUGAAGGUGAAAAUGAAAAUGUUUUUUUGUAAGUACAAUUUGUAUAAUUUACAGAGAAAAACAGUUAAAAGAUGUUCCCAGACAUCUCUGUGUGACACAUCACAUUUGAUUAUGUUUCAAAAAUAUUGUUGAGAAAGUAAGGGAAAUAUAUUUUUA